AUGCCUAAUGUAACAGUUCCUUUAGAAGAAGGACCUUUGGUCACUGACAUUAUUGAACCAACUCCAAUAACCAUUCCCACCAUCACAAUCAUGGAUAUACCAAAUGUCAAUGAGAUUAUAAAUCAUAGAAUAUCCUAUAAACCAACACCAUUAGCUGAGAAGACCACUUCAGAAAUUAUUACUGCAACAUCACCAACUAUCACAACAACUGUUAAUAGACUGUCACCCAUAAAAGAAGAAGAAAGUGCCAAUGGAAGUUGGGACUAA